AUGAACUCGACCAACUACGACGAUGACAAAAACUCCUCCUCGCCAACCAGUGACGUUGCAACCGCCCUUGCGACCGCCAACCAUGCCAGAACACGACCGAAGCAUAUCCCGCGUCACACAUCCGAAAGCUACUUGGAUUAUGCAGUCAACCGCGACACAGCACUUCGUACAGCCGUUCACCAUCUGGAGCAAGAGCUUGGAACACACAGCCAGAUAUCACACAUUACACUGAGGACAGACACGCUGACGCUAUAUCCACACACUAGUCAGAGCAAGUUGUCGGCACAGGAGCUCAGCGAUCUCCAGAAGGCCACUCACUUCGACAAGAAGGAAUUACAGCAAUGGUACAAGGAUCCGUCAUCAUUCGCCGAUUACGUCUUCAAUGUGUUCGAUGCAGACAAGUCAGGCUCGAUCGACUUCAAAGAGUUCAUCUGCGCCUUGAGCGUGACGAGCAGGGGCAAGAUGGAGGACAAGCUGGACUGGGCGUUCCAACUAUACGACAUUGAUGGAGACGGACAAAUCAGUUACAACGAGAUGUUGGCAAUUGUCGAGGCUAUCUACAAGAUGGUUGGAUCGAUGGUCAAGUUGCCUGAAGACGAGGAUACACCAGAGAAGAGAGUGCGCAAGAUCUUCCGCAUGAUGGACAAGGACGAGAACGGCAGUCUGGACAUGGCCGAGUUCAAGGAAGGAUCCAAGCGCGACGAGACAAUCGUUUCGGCGCUGUCUCUAUAUGACGGACUGGUGUAA